AUGAAGAAGUCAUGUUCGAAAACAGAAUUAAAAUCAGUAAAAAAUGGGGAGAAUUGCAUUUUAGUGGAAAAUUGUGAAAAAGAUAAAAAAAAUUCUACUAAUGAUAAUCUUAAUAUUAAUAAAAAAUCUAAAAAAAGAAAUAGAAAACGUCAAAUAAAUCGAUCGAAAAAACAAAUCGAACAAGCAAAUGCUUGUUUUAACACAGGUAGCAAUGAAAAAUUGCUACAAAAUAGCUGUCACACUUCUCAAAUAAACUCUCAAGAAGAAGGAAAAUGGAUAGUUAAUAGCUUUGAAGAAACUAAUAAAACUGUAAAUUUGACAAAGAAAAACUCUCAUCCAGAUGAACUUGAGAGUGAUAAGACAUCUAAAAACACCUUUGAAUGUUCUCAUCAAGAAACAAAUGACAAGUUUACAGAUGAAUCUGUUCACCAGACUAAUGAUAAAGUUUCUGAAAGUGAUUUAAAUAAUUGUUCAGUUUUGACUAAGAAUAAAAAUCAAUGUACAAAAUCUAAUGGUGCUGCUAAGUUUUUAAAUAAGAAAACUAUAGAGUCUGUAGUUGAUGAUAGCAUUUCCAAUACUUCAUUAGGAAAAAAAAGAGGUUCAUUUUUUCAUAAAAAUAAAAAUCAAUCUAAAAAACCAAAAAUGGAAGAAUCGAAUAACAAUAACGAUAACAAUACUAAUGGCAGUAAUAGUAAUAAAAAGGUAAAUAAUGAUGAUUCGAUUGCUCCUGAAAAGGAUGUACCUUGUAAUAGUGAUAACAACAAUGGUAUAAAAGAAGAAGUAGUAUUAAAUGUUGAAGAAAUUUUAGAUAAUGAGAGAAAAGAGAGAAAAAAAAUUAAUAUAUCAAGUUUUAAAAUGAGAGAUGUUAAUGCUAUAAUAGCAGAGUGCGAUUACAAAAAUAAAAAAUGGAAAGAAACUUUUGCCAAAUACAAAGCUCCUGUUAACUGGGGUAUACCUAUUAUUAAAAGUAGUUGUGAAAAGUGGGAUGGAAAAUUAAUUCCUUCGCAAUUGUUAAACAGAUAUCAAAAGUUUUUAUUAUCGAAAAAUUUGAAAGACUCAGUUUUUCUUCCAGUUAAUGCGGAAAUUAGUUUUGAUUUAAGUAAUUCUUCUAAUGAUAUUAGUCCUCAAUCAAACAACAACAGUUUUAAAGAAGAGCUUAAAAUGGAAACUGAAAAUGAAAAAGAAAAAUUUAAUUCUCUACAUGAAAUAUGCAAUCAGAAUGAUUAUGGCGAAUCUCAAAAAUCAGGUGUUUGUAACGAAGGUGGGGCUAGAAUGGUUUUAAGAAAUAGAAAUCAAAAUAGGACAUUAUUAAACGAAUAUGAUGACUUUUCUCUCGAUGGCUCCGAUGAUUGCAUUUCUAAACAAAAGGCUUUAAAAGAUAAAAAAUUUGCAAAAAAUAAGAGGACUUUUGCAAGUAAUAAUCCAGAUAUUGUUAUGAAAUUAGAAAAAUGUAAUAUUAAUAGCAAAAAUAGUAAUAAAAGAGAAAAAAAUUCUGAAAGCAUUUUUAUGAGUGAUUCUUAUAAUCAGGAUGAUAACAUUUUGAAAUCUGGAUUAGACAGUGAUACAGUAGUUUGUCCUAUUUGCAGUUUUAGAUUUUCAAAACAACUUAUAGAGAGUCAUGCCACUGAAUGUGCAUCGAAAACUUUUAAAGAUUAA